AUGUAUUCAUCAUUAAAUCAGGAGAAAAGGCCGAUUUGGGUAUUACAUGAAGUAAUACCCACAUUUUCUCCAAGGGAGCCGCCACAAAAACAUCCGGGUUUUACAAUUGGUCAUCGUUGGUUAUUUAGUUUUACAUUAGUUGCUAUUGUAUUAUCAGUAUUAAAUGUUCUAGCAUCAACUGGUCAAUCAAUUGGUUUAACAUUAUUUUUAGGUAGUUUUCAAGGUUUAACUGGUGUUUACUUUGUUCUAUUUUUUUGUUCAUUUUCAUUUAAUUUAUUUUUUUGGCCCGUUGCAUGUGUUCUAUAUUAUAAAAAACAAAUUACCAAAGAAAUGUUAAAUCCAAAAUGGAUUCCAUAUAUGUUUUUAGUUGGUAUAUGUGACGCAUUAAAUGGUUUUUUAAUUGUAUUUAGUUCUCAUGCAUCUCGUGUACCACCAUCAUUAACAGCUAUUUUAAUACAAUCAAUGAUACCAUUUACAUUUAUAUUUUCUAAAAUAUUAUUAAAAAAUAAAUAUUAUCGUUGGUAUCAUAUAUUAUCAGCAUGUAUUGUAUUUAGUGGUAUUAUUUUUAGUUUAGUACCAACAUUUAAACGUAUACAUGAUGGUACAUCAACAACAGAAUUAAAACAUGGUUGGUAUUGGCCAUUUAUAUUUAUUAUUGGUACAAUACCUGCUGCUCUAAUGAAUAUAUUUCAAGAAGUAUUACAAGUUAAAUAUACUCAAGAAAUGAAACAAUUAAAACAACAAGGUCGAAAUGUAACAACAAGAUAUUCUGUUAUCUAUUUUCAAGCUGUUGAAAGUUUAUUUCAAUUUAUUGCAAUUGCUUUAUGUUUUGGAUUAGAUUUAAUACCUGGUUUUGGUACAUCAUUAACAAUUGAUAAAUUUUGGGAAUCAUUUUCAGGUGGUUUUAGAUGUUUUUUUAAUACAAUGCCACCAUCACCAACAUCAUCACGUUGUCCAAAAUCAUCGGGAACUGGUUUAUUAUUUAUAUUUUCUUAUAUUGGUACAUAUAUAACUGGAACAUUUUUAACAGAUCAUAUAUCUGCUAAUUGGUUAUCAAUAUUAACAUCGUUAACACCCAUAUUAGCAACAUCAUUUUGGUUUAUUUUUCCAAAAAUUAAUGCAUGGGCACAAGCUGGAAAUUUUAAUAAAUGGGAUAUUGGAUUUAGUAUCGGCGCUUUACCAAUUAUUCUUAUUGGAAUGUAUUUUUAUAAAGAUACAGAUCGGAAAAAAGAUGAACAAGAAACGUAUGAACCAAUAAUUGAACAUCCAACAGAACUAUUUUGGUAG